UGUCAAAAGUUCGCCACCAGUGAGUUCCUUAAUCAAUUUGUGCUAAAUUUCAUUUACCCUCAAAAUUUUUCGCACAAAAUCAAAUGUGAUUGCUCAUUACAAAGUGCUUUACAUAUUCGUGACUAAAACAAAAGAUUAAGUGAAUUCCUUAAUUAAAUAUUUCUUUUAAAUCACAAAAAUUAUAAGAAUCUGCAUGAGUCGCCGGCGUCUCGUUUUGUGUUUUGUUUCUUCCACACGUCGUCGUUCUUCUCGUACUCAUCUGCAUCUCAUCGCCAAUCGUCGAUCUCGAUGAGAAGUUGACUUGAGAAGCAGAAGAAAAUUAUUUUCCAAUUUCCAUGUAAAAUUAUAAAAUAAAAUAGAAAAUAGAAGACAAGAAAAAUUUACAAGAUUUUGUGUGGUUUGUCUUAUGUUGUUGUCCUUUUCAUCUGAGUGCAAUUCGCGGUAAAUUUACCCCGACCCCCGUUUGAUUGUUGUUUAUUGGAAAAAUUAAUAGAAUAUGUUAAUAUAGUGGGCUCUGUUGCACAAUCAAUUAGUGAUUGGGUUUUGCUGGAAAUAAAAAGAGAGAAGAAGAAAAAAAUCCCUUUUUUUUCUAUUGGAAUUGCGUUUGACACUUGAAAUUAAAAUUUGACAGCUGCAUUAGCAUCAUAGAGCAGCAGCAGCAGAGAGUGUUUUAGUGAUACAGUAGUGGGGUGGAAAUUCUCCUCCUCCUUGCAACCGCGCGGUUGUUUGUACAUCUUAUCUUCAAAUUCAAUUAAAAAAGAAAAUUUACAAUAAUGGAGGAUAGUGAAAAAGUUGAAAUUGUCGCUAAAAGUGAUGAAGAAAAAGACACAAAACCCGAGGAGGUUGAAGAACCGCAAGAAAAACCUAAAGAAGCGGAGGUGGUGGUGAGUGUGGAAAAGGCUGCGACAGAGGAACCUAUCCCAGAACCAGAAGUAAAGUCUGACCCAGUCAUUCCGGAAGUAGCGGAGAGUCCAGCUAAGUCGUCACAAGAAGAAUCGACGGAAGUCGAUGUAAAAGUGAAAGAAGAAGUGGUGGUUGCUGCAGUGGUGCCAGAUGAAAAGCCAAAGGAAGAAGUCCUAGAGCCUCCCAUAGCGAUUGAAGAGUGCGACACAGGAGGUGAUGAGGUUCCAGAUAUUCCGGCUGCUCUGAUUCCUUUGGGGGAGGAUGCAGAAGCAGUCCCUGCAAGUGAAAAAUCAGGGGAUGAACCUGUGCUCCUGGCGGAGCUAACUUCAUUUAUGCCGGAGCCGGAUCAGCAAGUCGUGAGCAGCGGCAGUAAGCUUAGCUCAGAAGUUGUAGCUCUCGACGACGAUGAUGACGAUGAAGAUGAUGAUGGUUUUGCAGCCGAAGACGAAGUUGAUGAUUCCGAUGACCGAGACGAUGAGGAGGAUGAAGAUGAUGACGUCGAGGGAGUCAGCAAUGAAGCCCUGAACGACGACGACGAGGAGGAGGAGGAUGAUGAGUACUCAUACGGUGAUUUGGACAGCGAAAAGAAGGACACUAAAUCAUCGCGGGAAGUGCUUGAGACGGAAGACGUCGAUGUGGACGAUGACUACGAUGAAGACGAUGACGAGGAUGAAGAUAUGGUUGACUUGAAGGAGGACGACAGUUUGGGAGCAGUUGUAAUCGGAUCAUCGGACGAAGACGAACCUCCAGUUCCUAAAGUGGCACCCAAAGGAGCAUCACAGCAGCAAAAACAGUCUGACAUCGAAUUGGAUUAUGAUGAAGAUGAGGAUGACGACGACGAGGACGAAGAUGAGUACGAUGAUGAUGACCUUAUGAAUGCUGUUGUCACAUCGGCAACCAAAAGCUUAUCACCAGUUAAGAAACGUCAACGUUCCGAGUCACCAGUUGCGGAGGCACGAAAAAGGGAAGCCCAUCAAAUUAGUGUUCUGAGAAGGAGGAUCAACUAUGGCAGGAUCGCCAAAAGGAAGUCAUUGCAUUGGUUAUACAACAAAAAGAUACGAGAAGCUUAUAAAUUGAUUCUACCAAAAAGAAAACCUCUCAACUCGAGCGAAGCAGCAAUGCGAAGUGACCAAUUGGGUGGACUAUUGCAUUUAAAAAUUCCAUCUCCAGCCGUAACAUUAAUUGGUCAACGAGCUGCUAUUAAAGCAUCAACCUCAACUCCAAUAAUACCUCGAGUUGAGUCAACUAGACCAGGUCCAGCAUCUAGAACUCAGCAUAGAGUGACGAAAAAACCUCAGCAAGAAUGUGUUAUUGAUUUGGAUUCAUCACCAGAAAAGACCCAAGAUAAAAUAAUACCUCGUCAGAGUCAUCAUCAAAGUGACGAUCAAAGGAAAUUAGACUUUGAUUUGAAGAAGCCACCUGAUAAUAUUAAAACAAAAGCUGAAGAGGAAGAACAAAAACAACAAAACAUCGAAGAAGAACAAGCAGAAGAACCACCUACAAAAAUGCAACAAACCGAUAAAGUUCGUGAUAGUAUACAAAAAUCCACCGAAGAAGUAGAAGAGGUCAAGACCACGGUAGUGGAUCGUUUAAAAUGUGAACAAAACAAAGAAAACCUGCAGAGUAAUGAUGCUCUCAAAAAGGACAGCGGCGGCGAUGAAGUGGUGGCGAUGAAAGUGGAGACAGAAGUCAAGGAUGCCGCAGCACCAACAGAAAGCAUGGAUACAAGUGAACCAGAGACAAACGAAAGCACAAUCAAGGCUGCAAGUUUGGCAAUUUCAUCAAUGACAUCUCUCAAAACUGACAUUAAAGAGGAGAAGCUAGACAAAGACACAGAGCCAACAACUCCAGUGGUAGUGGAAGAAAUCUCCGUAGCUUCAAAAGUGACAAUCGAAGAUGUACCAGAGAAAGAAGCAGCUGCCUCACCGCAUCCAGUGACAGUGGGAGGAGGAGGCGCCAAUAAACGCCGUCGAUCGUCUUCGUCCUCUGCUGCUGCUGCAGAUAAAGCCAAGAUAUCAAAAUCUGCUGCCGGUACAGCAGAAGCCAACCAAGACGAUGACGAAGAAUACAUUCAUCCGACAAAGAAACUUCGUGAAGAGCUACAAAACGCCUAUCCCGCCCAUGAUCGCAUUCUCAAUGAAUACAUUGAGAAAACUUCAAAUGACUCUAUUGAUACUAUUCAGCGGCACAUCGAUCAAAUGGUUUCCGAGAUUCAUACACUCAAUGACAUGAUCAAAGCCAAAGAAGUCGAAUGGAAUAAUAUGUUGAAUCUUAAAAAGGUCAAAGAAGAAAUAUGCUUUCGGCUAACAAGACGAAAGCAAUGCCUAGAAAUAAUGUCAACUAAAGUAGGGGAAACUGGACGUUCAGCUGGACUGGAUGAAGAUUAUGCGGGCAAUGAGUCUGCAAUGAUUUUGGCUAAAAGUACACCAGCAGCCAAACAAAAUAUCCAAUUGUCAUCGACACCAAUCCAAGCAGCUAUUAAUUCGUUGAGCAGUAAUAUUUGUAAUUUUACGGCGGUAAGCAGUUCGUCGUCAGCGCAACCAACAACUGCCCAGCUAAUCAUACAAAAUAGAGCAAAUAUGAAGAGUUCAGAUUUGGUCAAAGAAAAGGCAAACACAUUGAGACUGCAUCGCCUUCUUGUUUCUAGAAAUAUCCUCCCGAAGCCCAACACAUCAUCGCCCAACACAUCAAAUUCUGCUCCUAAUAGCAGUCAACAGCAGCAGCAACAACAACAGCAACAACAACAAAAUUUAACAUCAAAUGGUCCAACAUCAACACAACCCAAUGCCAGCAAUCAACCAAUUCUCAAUAGUUACUUAACAGCAACAGAUAGUGUCCAGCAACUUGUCGAUAUGAUGAAUGGCCAUCACAAUCACAGUGGACUACAGAAUGGUGGAAGUAGUGCUGCAAGCAACAAUCAAGCAGCAGCGGCAGCAGCAAUGGUUGGAAGACAGGGACCAUUCAAAGAUGUGCGCAGCAUUAUUGCAGAUUUCAGACAACAGCACCCGGAGGUGGUGCCACGCCGAGGCAGAAGAGUAAAGACUAAUAACAAUAAUUCCAACUUAUCGGAUUCCAAUACGAUUCUGGGGAACGCUUUGAAAUCUGAUACGAAUUCCCGCCCAUCAAGUAAUGAUUCAUCUUCGCAAAGUAUGACCAACACAAAUCAAGUGACAACAAAUCACAAUAGUGUGAAUUCCUUUAAAGAUGUCCUAGCACCAUUUUCGAAAUCUCAAGGAGCUGUCCGAUCGGCUGGCGGACAACAACAGAAUCCUCCUUAUCCAGAAGUUACACUGCAUCCAGUCUCGACGCCAUUAAAUGCGUCCGGGGGACAAGAUCAGCCUACUGGUUCUCUUCUUCAUGGAAUUCUUACUAAGUUCUCUCGUCCGAAUGAGUCUGCCAAUACCAAAUCAGCUGCAAAUCAAGCAUCAGCAAAUUACAUAAGUAAUUUCUCGCCAACUCUCGCCAGGCUAUUGACAGCCCCAGAACGCAUAUCUCCUAGUGGAACUGGAUCUGGGCCCAUGCAGAGCCACCACAAUUCAUCAAUAGGAGUGGUUGCGGAUGGCGGCAACAACAUCAAUAGCAGCAAUGCUCACCACUCUAUGCCGAGCUUCGGAGUGAACCUAUCGAAGGUGGUUGGUCACAAUAGUGAAAUUACAAUUACACCGGUAUUGAAUUCCAUGCAUCAGCAGUCGAUAUUGCAACAGCAGUUACAACAACAACAAAUCAAGGAUGCACUAACUCGAGCUGCAGCUGCUGUUGGUGCUAGUAACAGUGCCAAAGAUGAGCAUUUUCUUAAACUUUCAUCUUUUAUAACGCCAUCUGCUCCUAAUAAUGAUGACGAUGCCGAGGACAGUGUUGAUCGGCUGGUAAUUGAUGAAGGUGAAUUAAUGACGGGAGGUGAGGAACAUCAACGAAUCGCACCGCAUGCCAUUGGCCAAGAGUUCAAUGAGAAUGAAGUUCCUGUUUGUCAAGGAUGCAAGAAACACGAAGCUCAAUUUGUGUGUGCCGGUUGUGGAAAUCAAUGGUAUUGCAGUCGAGAGUGUCAGGUUACAGCGUGGGAUGAUCACUCGGAAGUUUGUACAGCUACCAAACAGAUCAGAAAUAAUUUUAAUAUGUUGAAAUCUAGAGAUUUAGAGAAAGAUGAAGAAUAUUUAAUUAUCAGGCGAAGAAAGAGAAAUAAGUUUCCCCAGUUUUACUGAAUGUUUAGAAUAAUCAAAAAAAAAAAUAAAUUAUGAUACAAUUCAGAAAAAGUAAAGAACAAAAAAAAAACACCGUGUUAUAUGUCAAGAUAAAUAAAUUAAAAAAAAAAUGAUACACUUAACAAUUUAUAAUAAAACAAAAUAAUUAAAACAAUAAAAAACAGAACAUUUUUAAAUUAACGCACGUACAUCGUACACAAAGGUAGAAUAUGCUUUUUUUUAACAAAACUAUUAUACGUGUGUUUAUGUUUUCCUAUUAUUAAAAAAAUAUAUAAAAUUAAUUAUUGCAUAUGUAUAAUUAAAAUAUUUUUGUUUGUUUAAAAGUAUAUAAGUAUGUAUUUGUAUAGAAGAACAAAAAUAAAAUAUUCCCUUGAAAAUAAAAAACAACAAAAAUAAU